AUGAGUACUUUGGGACGGAAAUAUUCAUGGAAUAAUGCCUCAGCGAAGGAAGCAGCAGCAGCAGCAACAGCAAUUGCAAACUCUACUGCUGCACCAACUUAUUUGUUUUGUCGUGAAGAGCCGAAAAUGAGAUCCAGCUGUGGAAUGACCCUUUCGAAACCAGUAGGUCGAAAAACGACUCUGGAAAACUGUUAUUUUGAGUCCACUAUCAAGGAACAUCCUUCUUUUGAAAAGGUUAAGCAAACUGGGGAUCGCACAGAGGGUGCCAAUUUUUCGUUCAAAGUGCCUAAUACGCGUUGCAUGAAGAAGGACGAAUUAAUUAUGAGUUCAUUGAAAAGAAACUACAGUGAUACAGAUUUGAAGCCACCUAUUAGGACAGUUGUUCGAAGUGGGAGUUCAUCAGAUUUAUUGGAGAAAGCUGUAUUAGAAAGAACAAAAGUAACAUUGAUAUCCAAACUUCCAUCUGAUGUUAAUUCAACGCAGGAUUCGUCCAGUGAAAAAAUUUCAAAUGCACCUCCAUGCACUUUAAAACCCGAUUUGCGCAGAUCGUGUUCAUCGAGUCCAAGGAAAAGAAAAGUUGAAGGUAAAGCUGAUACAGAACCAUCCAUAAAGCUAGAAAAGAAAAUGGACUCGAAAAAAAAAGUGUUAUUAAUGGGAAAAACGAUUUCUAUGACACCAUCCCUUACUGCGAGCGACAAAGUUUCUAGAAAUGGAAAUAAGUGUUUCCCGGGAGUGAUCUGCUCAUCACGUCUUUCCACAACAUUGAAUCGUAACUCUGAGUGGGAAAAAGCGGCGAUGAAAGGUAAACCCGUAUUUUUGAAACACCGAAGCCAGAAAAUGUUGAAGGAUCGUUUGAAAAAAUAUUGUGUAAUGACACGGAAGUCGCAUAUGGACAACAGCGAAAAGUUGGAUGCGGAGAAAGCAACACCAGUGGCUCCCCAUUUGUCGUUCAAAAAGGUAUUACCAAUAUGUAAUCAAGGUUUUUUUGAUCUCUGUUCGAGUGAUCUCAAUAAAAACGGAAUCGAACAAAGCGGAACUUCAUACGGAAGUAAUGAGAGUAAGGCGGUGGUGGAAAAAAGCACUCCUUCAAAAAAAAAUUUAGAUUACGGAAUUUCUGAGUUUGGCAUACAGGAUGCAAAGAAAAUUCCAUUCUCUUCUCCAACUAAAAGUCCACCGCUUGCCGCGAUUAACAAAAACAAUCAGCAAAUUAUGAGCAACAAAGGCAACGUGAAAGAAUUGUCACUUAAUAGUGACAUUAAGGAUUCUGCGGAGAUAGAAAUCAGGAAAGAAGUGGAAUCCUUGGUAGAAAAAGCUUUACUUCAAACAGCUGCGAACUCCUAUUUUCGUGCUAAUCAGGAUUUAAGAAAAAGUGUCAGUGAUAGUGUUCAGGAGGGCCGCGAUUUUAAUGUGACAAAGGAUAACACUAAGUUAAGGAAAAUGUGGGCACUAGUGGCAGAAGAAAGUUCACUGGCAAACAGUUUGAAUGAUAUUACUGCGAAAAUAAAUAAAAUUAAGAUGGACUUGUAUACUCUCUCUAAUGAAUCAUUUCAAAUUACAAAAAGAUUGGAUGAAGUGCGAUUGCUCAAAAGUCAGCUUUUGAAUAAUUCUGAUUGUAAGUUUUAUUCAAAUUUAAGAGGUAUUGGUCCAAUUGUUGCUGCAAGCAGAGACGCCGAAGUGCGAUAUUUAGUAUUUGAAUUUAGUACAGCAGAUCUUAAAAUCUCACGGCUAUGA